CAAUUGGUAAAACAAUUUUUCAUCUCAAUCCUGAUCAAGUUGCUGACCCGGAAGUUAACAGAAAUUUGUUGUCGCAUAAUUGUGAAGCAUACGUUGGUUAUCCGGCAGGAGACCUAAGCAUUGAAAUUGUGAAGUCAGGAGAGGUUGAGUUCAGAAAAUUAGACGUUUUAAUCGUGAACACAGAGGACAACAAUACAUCAUGCGAAAUGCAUAGAAAAAUAGAUUUAAGAAUAAUAUUUACAUCUGAUAUGGAUAAGGCUAUCAUCAGAUGUUCAGUAAUUAAUAAACACUUCCCAGAUUCUCCAGCCUUUUAUUCAAAUUACGAAACGGUUUUUCUUAUACCAGGUGAUGCAUGUAACGAUAACACCGUCUUCCUAAGCAACCGUGUACAUCCCACAAAUUGUCAUUAUUAUAUUGAGUGCCAGAACACAGUACCAUAUGGUCGUGCCUGUCAGUACAACUAUUGUUUUGGAAUAUAUACAGUAGAAACAUGCAGUCCUUGCAAUGAUCUUACAUGUCGAACAGUGGGUAGCUCCUGUACAAAUACGACAGUCGUUCAACAGCAUAACAAAGUAAAUAUGACAGUACAUUCUGAUCAAGUUGUUGGUCUUACUGCUCCAAGAAUUUCAAACCUCCAUACUUGUUCUGGUUUUAUCGGCAAUCAAACGGGAGACAUGCAGAUUGAAAUACAGUUGUUCGGAAACUAUAACUAUGAAGCAAUACGUCCUAGUUAUACAACUAUAACAGAUACAACAGUCAACUGUGAAAUUAAAAGAAUCCUUAAGUUUUGGAUUGGAUUCACUGAAGCUAUGUACAAUGCAACCAUUAGAUGUAGAGUAAUUAAUGGCCUUCAUCUGGAUGUUUCGCCUAUAUAUUCUAACAGUGAAACUCUUCAACUUGUUUCCAGUGACUUUUGUAACCAGAAUUUUAACGGAACCAUAACCAACAAAUAUCAUCAUCCAACAACAUGUCAUAGAUUUGUAACUUGUGUAGGGAACCUUCCGGUUGUGCAAGCAUGCGCAGGUGUUCUUUGCUUUAGUUUAGAAAAAGAUUAUUGUGAUGAUUGCCCUGUAGUAAAAACAUGUCCAGAAUGAAACUGAUCACUUGCAGUGUGACUGAUUUUUCAUUGCUGUGUUAAAUGGAAAUAUUUCAAAACAAGUUUUAAAAUUUGCUCUUGUUUACUGUAUAUCACCCUGUAAACAUUGUAUUUAAAAUUAUGAAUUCCUAAAUAUAAAUAUGUCUAUUUAAGGUAACAAUAUAUUCUCUAUUUCGAUUAACUAGCCUCUGUAUUUGUAGUGUUAAUUUUACAGUU